GCAUGGUGGACUUUAGAUCAUGCCAGCAGCCCUGAGGGAGACAUUACUGGAAGCCACCUGUGUACUGGUGAAACGCAUGUCCAGCGAUGGCAAAGUUUCUGUCCCAGACUCAAAUUAAUGAAUUUAAAGAAUGUUUCUCCUUGUAUGAUAAGAAGCGGAAGGGGAAGAUUGAAGCUAAAGACUUGAUUACGGUCAUGCGCUCUUUAGGCACCUGUCCCACCUACAAUGAGGUGGAUCGACACUUGCAAGUCCAUAAAAUAGAUAAAACUGGCGAGUUGGACUUUUCCACCUUCCUGACGAUGAUGCACAGGCAGAUGCAGCAGGAGGACCCCAAGACAGAGAUCCUGGAGGCCAUGCGUAUGACGGACAAGCAGAAGAAGGGCUACAUUCUGGCUUCAGAGCUACGAGCAAAGCUCACAGGCCUGGGAGAAAAACUCACUGAUAAAGAAGUGGACGAGUUGUUUAAGGAGGCUAAUGUUGGCCCUGAUGGCCUCAUUCACUAUGAAGAGUUCACCAAAAUGGUCACCCUACCUCCUGUGGACUACUGAAGAACCAUGGCACAUGGAUUUCUGUGUUUACUCUGUUUCCAUAGUUCUGUCUGACAAUGACAAAAUAACCAUGGUGUCAUGAAUUUUGUGUAAAUUAAAUAAAAGUUUUUAAAAACAAAGUUUUAGAAGAAUGAAGAAACAUGAGGGUAUAGUGCCCAACUGUACCCUCUAGAGGGCAGUCAAGCAAUAGUUGACAGGGCCACUCAUGACCAACCAGUUCUUGUGAUUGUAUAAAACUUUUAAAUGAAAAAUAAAACCAAUAAAAAGAAGAAACCAUAGAUUUUUAAU